AUUUUCCAUCAAAAUCAUGUCAAACGACAUCAUAAAAUUAGUAGAACAUUCUAAAAGACUUCAGAAAAAUAACCCACAGCAAACCUUUGAUAGAACAUUUUUCAUUGAUGCUUCUAAUCAGAGCUUGGCUACCAUUCCACUGAAGAUCUUAGAAUUAAAAGAAUUAGAAGAAGUGCAUCUGGAAAAUAACCAGAUUGAAGAAAUCCCCCAGGACAUUCAGCAUUUAAAGAAUGUCAAAAUCCUCUACCUGAACAAGAACAAGCUGAGCGAGCUAUGCCCCGAGCUGGGGAACCUGAGCAACCUGGAGGGUCUGGACCUGAGCGACAACCCUCUCCUCUCCUUCUCCCUUCAGGUUCUCAGCUGCAAUCGGAAGCUGCGGGAGCUCCGCCUCUACAACAUCCACCUGGAGGAGGUCCCCAUCGUCCUUUGUAAAUCCCUGCACCAUCUCGAGCUGCUCGGGCUGGCCAAAAACCACCUGAAAUCUCUGCCCAAGGAAACUGUGAACCAGACCAAACUGAGGGAGAUCUACCUAAAGCAGAACCAGUUUGAAGUUUUCCCGCCGGAGCUCUGUGUUCUCUACAACCUGGAGGUCAUUGACCUCGAUGAGAACAAACUAACCGUCAUCCCAGAAGACAUUGGGAACCUAAGGAGGCUGCAGAAGUUCUACGUGGCCCAUAAUGGCCUGCACUUCUUACCCGAGUCGCUGUGCCAGUGUAGCAAACUGUCGGUGCUGGAUUUAUCCGACAACCGCCUCCACUCCCUCCCGCACACCCUGGAGGGGCUCUCGGAGAUGACGGAGGUUGGGCUGAGUGGGAACCCCCUGGAGAAGAUGCCACGUCUCAUCUGCAAGUGGACCUCACUGCACCUGCUCUACCUGAGUAACACCGGCCUGCUGGGGCUGCGGCGCUCGCUCAGACGGCUGGUCAACCUGCGCUUCCUGGAUCUCAGCCAGAACUAUCUGGAAAGCUGCCCGUUGCAGCUCUGUGCACUGAAGAACUUGGAAAUCCUGGCACUGGAUGAUAAUAAAAUACGGCAGUUACCUUCAGACUUUGGCUCACUUUCAAAACUGAAGAUACUUGGACUAACCGGGAAUCAGUUUUUUUCAUUUCCAGAAGAAAUCCUUUCUUUAGAGUCUUUAGAGAAAUUAUACAUUGGGCAAGAUCAGGGAUCCAAGUUAACGCAUGUGUCAGAACACAUUUGGAGACUACAGAGACUUAAAGAGCUGUACAUAGAUAACAACCAUCUGGAGUAUCUGCCAGUUUCCUUAGGGGCAUUGCCUAAUCUGGAAAUUCUUGAUUGCUGCCAUAAUCUGCUUAAGCAGCUUCCAGAUGCCAUCUGCCAAGCACAAGCUUUGAAGGAAUUACUGCUUGAGGACAACUUGCUCACCCAUCUUCCGGAGAAUUUAGAUUGUCUAGUGAAUCUAAAGGUUCUGACACUGAUGGACAAUCCCAUGGAAGAACCCCCAAUAGACGUAUGCACCGAAGGCAGAGAGGCUAUAUUGACAUAUCUCAAGGAGAAAAGAGAGAUGAAAAUAAUAGCAACAAAGAUUCAGGCAUGGUGGCGUGCAAUGAUGGUACGGAAAGGACUUGGGAGAUUCGAAGAACUGGUAAAAUUACGGAAGAAAGGAAAGGCUUCUCCAAAAGAUAAGAAAGGAAAGAAGGAUGUGAAAGGAAAACCUGUAAAGGAAAAGAAGAAAUAA